CUCUUUCUCUCUUUCUCUUCCUCGCCCAUGGCAGGAGAGACAGCGACAGAAACAAGCGGCACGUCUCCACUGCUUGUUGCCUUUGGCCUGCUGGCAGCCCUGACUCUGGCCCAGGUCGUGAGCUCUAUGGUCGCCGGCUCGGACACGGCUGGCUCGCCGUCGAGCCCGUCGGCGGCGGCCGCGCCGGAGAAUGGGCUCGUCGUACCGAAUCAUGGCGUCUUUGUUGCCUUCUGCCAGUCGUGAGGCUACGCUAACCACUUCCGCGCCCUCCGCCAGGCGCUGGCUUCGGCCGCGCCGGGCGUCGAGGUCAUCGGAACCAACUACCCCGUCGGGACCCUUCGGGCGGCUCUCGGACAGAUGAUCAUGUUCUCCGUCCCUCUCUUUGCCCUCGUUGUUGUCUACGCCAACGAGAUCUGUGCCUGGCUUGAUGUGCCGGUCCCGGACGCACUGCUUUACCUGGCAUCGUCCAAGCUCAUGCACAUUGUCGUCUACUACUUUGUCGCCAACAUGCUCGUCUCGCAGCUGACCACCACAGGCGCCUUUGAGCUCUACGUCGACGGCAAGCUGGUCUUCUCCAAGCUCACCCUUGGCCACGCACCUGCUAUCGACCAGGCUGUCGAUCUUGUCAUUCGCGCCCUCGGCCCGGCCCAUCGCGCCCAGUAUCACCACCAGAUGCACGAGGAGCAGCUGCUCUAGCCCCCCAUCUCCUCUCAUCCAGAACGCUUCCCCAGUCCUGCUUGCCGACCUACCGAGCGAUGUCCCAUGACGGCGAGCCACCCACGCUGCGCAAGUAUGCACAGCCGUGGCUUUGCCCGACCCUGAUCGCAUUCGCAACUCUGCUCGCUGGUGCUGUCCCCCCCUCCCGCGGCCUCGUGCCUAAGAAAACCACACCAUCCAAACACACAACCC